CAGAAAAAUACUGAACGCACGUCGACAUUUUAUCAACAAUAAUGGCUGCGACAACGUGCAUAUGGUUUGGUGUAAUCACUGAUGUUAUAACCGGUUUAUGGGUCUAUUUGGGGCGAGAGCUUCCCUUUAAGACCCUGUCGUAUGCCAUGUUCUUUCCCACCAUUAUUGCCUUCCUAUUCGUAGACAAUAUCUUCGAUUUUGUUAUCCGGGUUAGUGGAGUGGAACAGAUCGGUGUCUCGUUGUUGUACGGGUUUCUGGCUGGACCUAUUUCUGUCGGUAUAGUAGGCAUCUGUGCGACUGCCGUAGUAUUCCUGGGCUGGGGUGUUAGAACUAAUUUUAAACAAGAGGGGCAUAAUAAUGUAUUUGCUCCAGCAUUUAUGCGAGCUGCUGGAGAAGAAAUAGGCUGGCGAUGUUUUAUGUUACCCUGUCUGAUGUCUUAUUACUCACCAGGGGUCGCCUUACUGAUAUCAGGGAUAAUUUGGGGCUUUUUUCAUGUACCAGUUUUAAUACUUCUAACCGGUAAAAUGCAACCACCUAAACCUUAUAUAACAGUAUUAGUACAAUGUAUAGCAUGUGUAUUAUCAGCUUUCCCACAUGGAUGGAUAGCUAUUAAAUCAGGAUAUUCUCUGUGGGCUAGUACUAUGAUGCAUGCAGCAUGGAAUAGAUUCAACCCGGCCGUAUUAGGCAGUAUAUAUACCCAGCAACCAGGUUACAUUGAAGGAGAUCAGUGGUUAAUAAACGGUGAAGGAUUGAUUGGAUGUAUUGUUAUGUUGCCUGUAGCUGCUUUUACUCUAUGGGAUCUGAGUUCUUAUUAAAUUAGACAUAACAAUUUGCGCGUGUCAAUUCAUGUUCAGAGUUUGGAUGAUGUUCUCGGA